CGUGACCUCGUCUCCCCGCCCUCUCACUCCGCUGCCUCCAGGUUCUGAGAAGAUGGCGAAGGUCUCGGAGCUUUACGAUGUCACUUGGGAAGAAAUGCGAGAUAAAAUGAGAAAAUGGAGAGAAGAAAACUCACGAAAUAGUGAGCAAAUUGUGGAAGUUGGAGAGGAAUUAAUUAAUGAAUAUGCUUCUAAGCUUGGAGAUGAUAUUUGGAUCAUAUAUGAACAGGUGAUGAUUGCAGCCUUAGACUAUGGUCGGGAUGACUUGGCAUUGUUUUGUCUUCAGGAAUUGAGAAGACAAUUCCCUGGCAGUCACAGAGUCAAGAGACUAACUGGCAUGAGAUUUGAAGCCAUGGAGAGAUAUGAUGAUGCUAUACAGCUGUAUGAUCGAAUUUUACAAGAAGAUCCAACAAAUACUGCUGCAAGAAAGCGUAAGAUUGCCAUUCGAAAAGCCCAGGGGAAAAAUGUGGAGGCCAUUCGGGAACUGAAUGAGUAUCUGGAACAAUUUGUUGGAGACCAGGAAGCCUGGCAUGAACUUGCAGAACUUUAUAUCAAUGAACAUGACUAUGCUAAAGCAGCCUUUUGUUUAGAGGAACUUAUGAUGACUAAUCCACACAAUCACUUAUAUUGUCAGCAGUAUGCUGAAGUUAAAUAUACUCAAGGUGGACUUGAAAAUCUCGAACUUUCAAGAAAGUAUUUUGCACAGGCAUUGAAACUGAACAACAGAAACAUGAGAGCUUUGUUUGGACUUUACAUGUCUGCAAGUCAUAUUGCUUCUAAUCCAAAAGCAAGUGCAAAAACAAAAAAGGACAACAUGAAAUAUGCUAGUUGGGCAGCUAGUCAAAUAAACAGAGCUUAUCAGUUUGCAGGUCGAAGUAAGAAGGAAACCAAAUACUCUCUCAAGGCAGUUGAAGAUAUGUUGGAAACACUGCAGAUCACCCAGUCUUAAGCAUGUGGAAGUUCCCGGGCCAGGGAUUGAACCCACACCACAGCAGCAACCCAAGCUGCUGCAGUGACAACACCAGAUCUGUAACCUGCUGUGCCACAGUAGAACUCCUGAAGCAUGCAAAUUUAUUAGCAAAUAUUUCUAAGAAUCUUUUUCUUUUAAUGCUCUUAUCCAUUCUCAAAGCAACUUCAUUUUACUUAAGUUUAUAGAACUAUAGGAGUUUAGAAAGGAUUUCAGGGCGAUCUGGUUGUACUCCUUUUUGAAAUGAGAAAGUGAGAUUCUGAGAAAUUAAGCUCUUCUGUGCCACAGGAGUGAAUAGGACCAGUAUGUCAGGGUUCCCAAGUCAUUGUUCUUUCUGUAUAUUCUAAGACAUAUGUCUAGUCUGUGAUACUUUGUUCCUGUUUUAGUGUGAUAAAAAUGAGAGCCAGAUAUAUCCAAGGGACAUUAUUUGUUAGUAGAGCAAGGACUAGAAUUCAGAUUUUUCUACUUGUAAAACAAUGGUUUUUAAUUAAAUUGAAUUUAAACUAAAUUAUUCAUUAACCAUGUUACUUCAUUUAUAGUCAAUUUGAGAACAAUCUCACACUAUUUAGAACUAUUUCAAACCUCUUUCGCUUUGAACCUAUGAUUUAUCCUAUCAGCUCAUUCUUGGCAAGUAGCCUCUUUUAUAGACUAAAUUGUGCCCCCUUCCCUAAAUUUCAUAUUUGAAGUUCUAGCCCUUGGUGCCUUCGAAUGUGACUUGACCUGGAGAUAGUCUUUAAAGUGGCAUUAAGUAAAAUUAGGUCAUGUUAGUGAGGCCUAAUCCAAUAUGAUUGAUAUCUUUAUAAGGAGAGAGUAGGACAUACAGAGGAAGGACCACAGGAAGAUGAAGAGAAGACGUCCAUCUACAAGCCAAGGAGCAUUUCCUCAGAAGAAAUGAACCCAGCUGACACCUUGACUUCUGGCUUUUAGAACUGUGAUGAAAUAAAUUUCUGUUGUUUUAAGACACCCA